AUGACAACGCUACAUGAUCCACCAAUGACAAAGGUUGCACCCGCUAGUCCAGCGGGUACGGAAUACCACGACGCUCCCAGUGGAUACGAGCAGCAGCAGCAGCCACGAGUCAACAUUCACGAACCUACACCAACGUACGAGAAACAUGCCCCCUCUUUCCCAACUCCCCAUACAAACGGCUACGCACCAGAAAAGAAUAAUGGCAUCCUCACGAGUGGCACGACGAGCUCUCGCCACAGUAUCGGCUCGACAAAUUCACGACGCGUCAAUUACAAUGAAGACGUGGUACUCGCAGACGGAAAUGGUGCAGGCGUCAAGCGGGCUGGAACUUGGGCUCAUGGACCUGGUACCUCUGGAAUGAGAGAGGAUACGACUGGUGCAAACGGUGUCAGUCGUCAUGCGAGCUUGGCUGAACGUGCGACAAUGGCAGCAGAGAACAUUGCGCCUGAAAAGUAUGCAGCCUUGACCAAAGCCGAGAAAAAGGACGCCAAACGUCUCUCCAAGAUUAUCAAGGCAGAAGGCAAGGCUGAAGACAAGCAACUCAAAUCUGCACUCAAGGAACUCGCAAAUCUUCAGGCCGCACAGAAAAAGGCGAGCGCAGCCGAAACGGCAGCGACGACAGCACAAACGAGAGCGGCAAAGGAGGAACAACGCGCGAGUGCGGCAUAUCUCGAAGCCAAGACGCGAUAUGAACGUGCAAUUGCUGGACUCAAGACGGCAGAGGAACGUUUGACGCUUUGUCGAGAGCAAGCAGAGAAGACGACGGGAAUGGUGCGCAGACAGGCCGAAGAAGUCGAAGCUAUGAGAGAGCGGAAGGCGACGGAUGACCGUGAGCGAGAGGUUAAACUGGCCAACCUCAAGGCGGGCCUCAUGUCGCCAUAG